AUGAUUAGACGUGGCCUGGACAACGUCAUUUUACGAUGUCGUGAGCUUUGUCAACAAUUCAUGGUCGACAUGUACGCGAAGAUUGAGAGCGAACGACUACGAUACUUACGAUAUAAUCAACAAAAGCUGCGCGCGGAAGAGUACAUUCAUUUGCGAGACGCUAUCAACAACAACGCCGACGUCGCCAAAAUUGGUAACCAUGUCAUUUUACCAUCAUCGUACGUAGGCAGUCCACGUCAUAUGCAAGAAUAUAUACAGGAUGCUCUGACUUUCGUGCGCGAAUAUGGACGACCAUGUUUAUUUAUCACUUUCACAUGUAAUCCAAAAUGGCCAGAGAUUACAUCUUUGCUACUGCCUGGCCAAAAUGCAAUACAUCGCCAUGACAUUACAGCACGUGUGUUCAGACAAAAGUUGAAGUCUUUAAUAAGUUUCAUUACUAAAUCACAUGUAUUUGGUCCCACACGUUGCUGGAUGUAUUCGGUUGAGUGGCAAAAGCGAGGAUUACCUCAUGCACACAUUUUGGUUUGGUUCAUCGACAAAAUCCGUCCUGAAGAAAUCGAUAGUAUCAUUUCUGCGGAAAUUCCAGAUCCAUCCACUGACCAACUGCUGUUUGAUAUUGUUACAACAAACAUGAUUCAUGGUCCAUGUGGUACUCUUAAUAGUUCAUCGCCUUGCAUGGCUGAUGGAAAAUGUACUAAAAAUUUCCCUAAAGAUUUUACCAAUGAUACGGUCACAAAUGUCGACGGAUACCCAAUAUAUCGUCGAAGAAAUCCUGAAAAUGGCGGACAGUCAUUUAUUAAAAAUAUCAUCAACACAGACAUUGAUAUUGACAAUCGUUGGGUGGUGCCAUAUUCGCCUCUGCUGAGCAAGACAUAUAAUGCUCAUAUUAAUGUUGAGUUCUGCAGUUCUGUGAAGAGCAUCAAAUACAUUUGCAAGUAUGUCCAUAAAGGCAGUGAUAUGGCUGUGUUUAGAGUGGAAAAUACUAAUGUGAAUGCUCCUCCAGUGAAUAAAAACGAUGAAAUAACGCUCUACCAAAUUGGUCGGUACAUCAGCUCCAAUGAAGCUGCUUGGCGUAUCUUUGGUUUUCCAAUUCAUGAACGGGAUCCAGCAGUUGUUCAGUUAGCCAUCCAUCUUGAAAACGGUCAGCGUGUAUUCUUCACGAACGAGACAGCGAUUGAUCGUGCAAUAAAUCCACCUAAAACUACACUCACUGCAUUUUUUGAAUUGUGUAAUCGUGCGGAUGAUUUUGGUGCCUUUGCACGAACAUUACUCUAUUCACAAGUACCACGCUAUUUCACAUGGACUCAAACAAAAACAUGGAUGCCCCGCAAGCAAGGCUCACCAGUUGUUGCAUGUCUCAAUUUAUUUAAAUCAAACGCCUUGGGGCGAUUAUUUACAGUCAAUCCAAGACACACGGAGUGCUUUUAUCUUCGACUGUUGUUGGUUAAUGUUACUGGCCCAUUAUCAUUUCAAGAUAUACGUAAAGUGAAUGGGCAACAAUAUCCAACGUAUAAAGAUGCAUGCCUUGCACUCGGCUUGCUGGAAGACGACAACCAGUGGGAAUGCAUGCUUGCUGAAGCUGCAUUGAACUGUACAGCAAUACAAAUUCGUCUACUAUUCGCUAUAGUGUUGACUACAUGUUUCCCAGCCCGAGCACAGAUAUUAUGGGAAAUCACAAAGAUUCAAUGA